UAUAAAAGGCUGCUUGUGAGUGCCGACAAGUACGACCCAUCAGCCAUGAGAGUGGUUGUGCUUGCCCUGACUCUGGCCCUUGCGGCCUGUCAACAGAACUUCGCUCCUGACUUUGCUGCUGGUAAGACAUAUGUGUACAAAUAUGAGACAUGGCUCCUCGGCGGUCUCCCUGAGGAAGGACUGGGGAGAGCUGGACUCAAAGUGAGAAGCAAAGUUUUAAUCAGCGCCAUUGAACACAACAUGCUCAUGCUCAAGCUUGCCGAACCUGAGUUCUUCGAGUACAGUGGUGUUUGGCCAAAGGAUGCUUUUACUCCGGCCACCAAGCUGACUUCGGUCCUGGCACCUCAACUUAUGAUCCCCAUCAAGUUUGAGUACUCCAAUGGUGUUGUCGGAAAAAUGUUCGCGCCCGAGGGAGUCUCGGUCAUGGUGCUGAACAUCUACAGAGGUAUCCUGAGUGUCCUGCAGCUCAACGUAAAGAAGACACAGAAUGUCUACGAGAUGCAGGAGGCCGGAGCUCAGGGUGUGUGCAAAACUUUCUAUGCCAUCACUGAAGACGAUAAGGCUGAACGCAUCCUCCUGACAAAGACCAGGGAUCUGAACCACUGUCAGGAAAGGAUUGUGAAGGACAUCGGGUUGGCCUACACUGAGACAUGUGCUAAGUGUCAGCGGGAUUCCAAGACCGUAAAAGGUGCAACCGCAUACAACUACGUUCUGAAGUCAGUUCCCAACGGUAUCAUGAUCUUGGACGCAUCUGUGAAUGAAGUCAUUCAGUUCACACCUUUCAAAGAGAUGAAUGGAGCUACUCAAAUGGAGACCAAGCAACAUUUGGUUUUCGUUGAGGUGCAGAAUAGUCCCUUAAUGCCCGUAAAGGCUGAGUAUCGUCAACGUGGAUCCGUCCAGUAUGAGUUCUCCACCGAGCUGUUGCAAACACCCAUCCAGCUUGUGAAGGUCACCAACCUCCAAACUCAGAUAGAGGCGGUUCUAAGUCAUAUAGUUGCCAACAAUGUGGAAAGAGUCCAUGAUGAUGCCCCUCUCAGAUUUUGGGAGUUCAUUCAACUCCUUCGUAUGGCCAAACUUGAAGAUCUGCAAAUGGUCUGGAGGCAGCACAAGACAAACCCUGCAUACAGGCAAUGGAUCUUGGAUACGCUUCCUUCCGUUGGAACUCCUGUUGCACUGAGAUUUAUCAUUCAGAGAUUUGAGGCUGCGGAACUCAGCACCGUUGAGGUCGCUCAAGCUUUGAUUGCAUCAGUUCAUAUGGUGACAGCCAACCAUGAGGCCAUUCAGCUGUUUGAUAGCUUGAGGGUCAACCCCAAAAUAAAGACCAACCCCGUUCUGAAUGAGAUUGUGUUACUUGGCUACGGCACCAUGGUUUCUAAAUAUUGUGCCGACAAGCCAGUCUGCCCCGUUGAACUGGUCAAGCCCAUCCACACCCUUCUUGCGGAGUCUGUCUCCAAGGGCGAAACAUGGCAAAUGAUUUCCAUUUUGAAGGUGUUGAGUAAUGCUGGCCAUCCAAUGAGCCUGAAACCGAUCACAAAAGUCCUUCCCAUUCAUGGCACAGCGGCUACAAGUCUACCAACCAGAGUUCACGCUGAGGCAAUCAUGGCCUUGAGGAACAUCGCCAAGAAGGAACCAAGACUGGUCCAGGAAAUGGCUCUUCAGCUGUAUAUGGAUAAGGCUCUUCAUCCUGAGCUCCGCAUGCUUGCAUGCAUCGUUAUCUUCGAGACUCGCCCAGCAGUGGGUUUAGUGACAAGUCUUGCAAAUCUUCUGAAGAUGGAGGAGAAUUUGCAGGUGGCCAGCUUCACCUACUCUCACAUGAAGUCCCUGACCAGAAGCACUGCCCCCAACCAUGCUUCCAUUGCCGCUGCUUGCAGUGUCGGAGUCAAAAUCUUGAGCAAGAAGUUCGAAAGACUGAGCCUCCGCUUUAGCAGAGCCAUUCAGAUGGACUUGUACAGCAGUAAGAGCUAUACGGUAUUUCACAUGGCCCUACAUUCCUUAUUUCUGCUAAUUAAAUGCGUUUGUCCAGAUCCCUUUAUGCUUGGUGCUGCCGUCAGUACUUUCUACAUCAAUGAUGCUGCCACCCUUUUGCCAAGAGCCAUCGUGGCUAAGACCAGUGCCUACAUUGCUGGAGCCGCUGCUGAUAUCUUUGAGGUUGGAGUGAGAACUGAGGGACUCCAGGAGGCUUUGCUGAAAAGCCAUGCAUUAGCUGAUGAUGUGAACAGGAUCACCAAGAUGAAGCGUGUUAUCAAAGCCCUGUCUGACUGGAGGGCCAUGCCCAACAGCAAGCCUCUCGCCUCCAUCUAUGUCAAGUUCUUCGGACAAGAAAUUGCCUUCGCUGACAUUAACCAAGACUUGAUUAAGCAGGCCAUUACGCUGGCCAGUGGUCCAUCCGUUCAGGAUCUUGGUCGGGACGUUAUCAAAUCUCUACUGUCAGGAGCCUCUUUCCAUGUUGCAAAGCCCGUACUGGCAACUGAAGUGAGGCGCAUCAUGCCAACGGCUGCUGGAUUCCCAAUGGAGCUAGGCCUGUACACUGCUGCUGUGGCUGUUGCGGUUGGUAAAAUCAAGGCAACUGCAACUCCAGCCCUGCCAGAGCCCAUCCAGUUCCGCCAUCUCCUGAAGACCAACAUUGAGCUUAUGGUUGACAUCAAACCAAGCGUUGUUGCAAACAUGUUUGCUGUGAUGGGUGUGAACACUGCAAUUCUCCAGGCUGCUGUCCUCUCAAGAGCCAAGAUCAACUCCAUUGUACCAGCCUCCAUUUCAGCAAGAGUUGAUAUCAAUGAGGGUCAAUAUAAGAUUGCCGCUCUCCCCGUUUCUGCACCUGAACACGUUGUAGCUAUUGAGGUUGAGAGCAUUGCUGUGGUGAGGAACGUUGAAGACAUUCCCAAUCCCAGAAUCACCCCUCUCAUCCCUGCCGAAUACACCAGACCAACUUCAAAGGAGAUCCUCACCUCAAAAUCUUCCUCUGGGUCUGUUUCGGCUGCAUCCUCAGAGAUCCUUCGGGAUAUGGCAAGAGAUGUUCACCCUAUCAGAAGGAGAGCAUUUUCUAAAAAGUACAGUUUCCAAGUUUACGGAACUGGACUGAGAGGCUGUUUCAGGGUUGCCACCGACAACGCUGCUUUUGUCAAGGACAUUCCAUUGUACAGAAUGGCUGGAAAUCACUCUGCCUCUUUGUCAGUGAAGAAGAAUGAAGAUGAAUCCAUUGAAAGACUGGAGAUGCUGGUUCAAGUCGGACCAAAGGCCGCAGAGAAAAUCAUCAAGAAGAUCAACCUGGCUGAAGACGAAGUCAUCGAGGGAAGACCAGUCUUGAUGAAGCUCAAGAAACUUCUGAAUGGCACCUCUUCUUCCUCCUCUUCUUCUUCAAGCAAGUCCUCUUCAUCUUCAGUGAGCAGCCGCAGCAGACGCACCAGCAGCAAAAGCAGCGUCAGCAAAAGUAGCAGCAGCAGCAGCAGCAGGAGCGUCAGCAAACGAAGCAGCAGCAGCAGCAGCAGCAGCAGACGCAGCAGGGUUGCUAAGAGCAGCUCUGCCUCCAGUUUGGAAUCUCUCUUUAGCGCCAGCUCUCGUUCCUCCCGUUCCAGUCGUCGCACUUCAAAGCGGGUUAACAAGCGCACCUUCCAGCAAAACCACAAGAUGUUCCACGCUGGCUCGUCGUCUCAAAAGAGCAGAAGCAGUGCCUCAAGUUUCGAGGCCAUCUACAACAAGAACAAAUUCCUUGGCACUGAAAAUGCUCCUGCCUUUGCUGUCAUCCUGCAAGCUGUGAGGACCGAUGGCAAGCUCCAGGGAUACCAAAUCACUGGCUACGCAGACAAGACUAAUGCUCGACUUCAGCUAAUCCUGGCUGCCCUGGCUGCUGAUAACAACUGGAGGCUCUGUGCUGAUGGCGUUUUGCUCAGCAAGCACAAAGCCACUGCCAAAAUAGCUUGGGGACAGGCAUGCAAACAGUAUGACUUGACAGUCACCGCUGAGACUGGUCUACUUGGUCCAAGUCCAGCAGCUCGCCUCAGAAUGACAUGGAAUCAACUGCCGGUUGUCUUCAAACGCUACGCAAAGAAGGCGUAUGACUACAUUCCUGCUUACGUAUUGGAAAGCUUCAUCCGAAGCAGGGACAACAACAGUGUGGAUCAGUUGUCAUUCACAGUGGCCGCAACAUCUGAAAGGACCUUGGAUUUGAUUUUCAAGACGCCAACACGCAGCAUCUAUAAACUGGCUUUGCGUCUCCCCCUUGCUUUGCCCUUGGAUGAGAUAACAGGACUCACGCCUUUUGAUGACCUGGCUGAUAAAGUCCGUUACUUGAUCUCCAAGGCCGCAGCAGCCGAAUGUAGUUCCAUUCGAGACACCGUGACCACGUUCAACAACAGGAAGUACAAAAACGAGAUGCCUCAGUAUUGCUACCAAAUUCUGGCUCAGGACUGCAGCGAGGAAAUGAAGUUCAUGGUCUUGUUGAGGAAGGAUGAUAACGUGCACAACCAUAUUAACGUUAAAAUCGCUGACAUUGAUAUCGACCUGUACUUGAGGGACACUAAUGUGGUUGUGAAGGUUAAUGGAAGGGAGGUGCCUACCAGUCAUCUGCCAUAUCAGCACCCAACAGCUAAAAUUGAGAUCAGACCAAACAAAGAUGGCAUCUCUGUCUACGCCCCGAGCCUGGGACUCCACGAAGUCUACUUUGACAAAAAUUCUUGGAAGAUCAAAGUGGCGGACUGGAUUAAGGGACAGACUUGUGGACUCUGCGGAAAGGCCGAUGGUGAGAUAAGACAGGAAUACCGCACUUCCAACGGACGCGUGACGAAGAACGCCGUCAGCUUUGCUCAUUCCUGGGUUCUGCCGGCUGAAAACUGCCGGGACACCACAGAAUGUCGCAUGAAGGUCGAAUCUGUGCAGCUGGAGAAGAAAACAAAUGUCCAAGGUCAGGAGUCCAAAUGUUUCUCUGUUGAGCCUGUACUGCGCUGCCUGCCCGGUUGCCUCCCUAUCAAGACCACCGCCGUUACCGUUGGCUUCCAUUGUCUGGCCAAAGAUGCCGCCGUUAUUCCUCAGGACUUUUACAACUACAGCGUGGAUAUGAGGGAAACAACCCAAGCCCAUCUCGCUUGCAGCUGCACACCUCAGUGCGCAUAACAACAAUUACUCUGUCACUUUGUCUCAAAGUUCUCAAUGUAAUGUUCAAUAAAGUCGCAUCGCAAAAUGA